GUCGUCAGUUUUUCUUCAGUGGCUCCGCGUUUCGCAUUUUGUUGUGCGGGCUGCGCUACUGCUACUCCGCAGCAGAAGAAAAACAACACAUACAUACACACAACUGAAAAACUUGGUUUAACAAAUACAUAGAAAAAAAAAAUUCAAUUUUAUUGCUAUUUCUUACGCGCGCUUUUUACAAUAAAAAUAAAAAUCGUGCAACUAUCACUUAACUGUGUGUGUAUACUGUGUACCAACAACAUAAUUUUGAUGUGCAAAGAAGAAAAGAAUAAUUUAAAACAUAACCAACCACGACGACUAUGUGCUGCCUGUGAUUCUAUUUCGUUUUUAAACUGACAUAAUCUACAAGCAUUUUUGACAAGACAGCAAGGAGCAAGGAAAAUUUUCGAAGACUACACUGCAACAAAAAUUUUUGACGUUCGAUUUAACGUAAGCUGCGUGAGAAAAACAAAAGUGCACCAGUCGGGGAACGCACGCAACUCCAAAGCGGUUUAGCCGCCGGCCACGUUGGCCCCAUCUUCCCACUCCUCUCUCCCGUCGUUUUAAAGUGCAUACAAGCCAAAAUGGAUGACGAUCAACAGUUUUGUCUGCGCUGGAAUAACCAUCAGAGCACGCUAAUUAGCGUCUUCGAUACAUUGCUAGAAAAUGAGACACUAGUCGAUUGCACGCUCGCCGCCGAGGGUAAAUUUCUCAAGGCCCACAAGGUGGUGCUAUCAGCAUGCAGUCCCUAUUUUGCUACUUUGCUGCAAGAACAGUACGACAAGCAUCCGAUAUUUAUACUCAAGGAUGUCAAGUAUCAGGAACUGCGCGCUAUGAUGGAUUACAUGUAUCGCGGCGAGGUCAACAUUUCGCAGGAUCAGCUGGCCGCGCUAUUGAAAGCCGCCGAAUCGCUGCAGAUCAAGGGUUUGUCCGAUAAUCGCAGCGGUGGCAGCAAUGCAGCCCCCAAGCCGGACGCACAUCAUCGCGUCAAGCUGAGCGGCCAAUAUACGCUGGAGCAGACAAAGCGCGCCCGACAUGCAACUGGCGGCGCCAUGGAUGCCGGCGAUGUGUCUGGCUCACGUGAAGGUUCUUCCAGUCCGUCGCGUCGUCGUCGAAAAAUUCGUCGCCGCAGCAUGGAAAAUGAUGUGCAUGACAACUCGAAUUCAUCCGUACUGCAAGCCGCCGCCUCCAAUCAGUCAAUCCUCCAACAAGCAGGCGCUGGCCUCACCGCCGCCGCUUUGGUCAGCACUCAAUUGGCCAGCGGCAGCAGCGCAGUGGCAGCGAACGCCGCUGCACUCGCCAGCGGCAGCAGCCAAGUAUCGAACCAGCCAUUGACCAGCAGCAGCAACGUUACCAAAAAGACUGAAAGCGCUAAACUAACAUCGACAGGAGCUGCCCAAGGCGCCCAACAACAGCAGCAGCAGCAGCAAACUUCAACAACAACCACAAGCGAUGCCAUCAAUACCGAUAAUGUACAACAACAACAGCAGCAGCAGGAGAAUCAAGGCGCCGAAGGCGAUGCUGAUGAUAUGGAUGUGGGUGUUGCAAGUGCCGCAGCUGUUGCUGCUGCACACACUGGUGUCGUCAAACAAUUGGAAAAGUCGAAUCAUAAACAAAAGAUCAAGGAUAACAGCAUACAAGCCACUGAAAUGGUAAUUGAGCCAAAGGCCGAAUACGAUGAUGAUGCGCACGAUGAGAAUGUUGAGGAUUUGACUUUGGAUGAGGAAGAUAUGACAUUGGAGGAGCUGGACCAGGCGGCCGGCACCAGUCAGGGUGGCGAAGGAUCUAGUCAAGCGUAUGGAGCAUGGCAACACGACAGAUCUCAGGACGAUCUUGGACUAAUGGCCGCACAGGAUGCUCAGCAACGGGAUCCACAAGAUGAUAAUGGACAACUGGACUCGGGGGAAUCUCGCAUACGUGUGCGCAAUUGGUUAAUGUUGGCUGAUCAGUCGGUGAUUGAUAAGAACAGCAGCAAUGAGUCAGCAGAUAAACUAACUAAGCACAAGCUCAGCGAUGCUAAAAACACUAACCACAAGACGCCAACAACGCCGCCUACGACCAGAACGCUCAACAACAACAAUAGCAAUAAUAACAACAACAACAAUAAUACAAACAGCGCUGCCAGCGAGAAGAGCAGCAGCAGCUUGGCCAAUGCACUGCAGCCGGAAGCGCAAACGGUUAGACGCAUUGGCAGCAUUGGACGCACCACGAUUGCUUGCAUUACACCCGCCGCCAGCCAUAGGAACAGCAACAGCAAUUGCAAUGUGGAUGCAGCUUCGGCAGCAGCGCUGGCUGCAGCGGGCGUGGAGCUGGACAGCAUUGAUGAUGCCAUGACUGAGAUGAUUGUCAAAAUCGAGCAUCCCGAGAAUGUCUCACUAAAUGGUGAUGAGGCUGUUUGCAACGAGGCCAUCGAUGAUGACAAUACCUUUGACUAUGACUUGAAGCUGGCCAGCCCCAUGUCAUGGACGUACGACAAUGUUAAGAUUGAAACCGAUGACUUUGAGGAAAGCUAUUUGAUGGAUAACGAGGAUGAUGAUGACGAUUUGCUGACCACAGCAGCAGCCAGUCAAAAGCAUGCCAAGCAAACAAAUGAAAAGCAAAAGGGCAGCAGCAGCAGCAAUAAGAAGAGCGCAAUGAGCACGCAGCAGCAGCAGCAACUGUUGCUGGAGCAGCAGCAGCAUCUGCAGCAUUUGCAGCUGCAACCCACCAGUCAGUCGCUGGCAAUGAAGCUGCCCGCCAUACCAGCAACCAUUACCAGCAUAAGCAGCAGCACUAAGCAACCCAUAGCCAGCACCAGCAGCGGCGGCGGCGGCAGCAUCAAGAGCAGCGCCGAUGCACAGAACUUGAAUCUGCACUGGUCGCAUACGGAUGACAAUCGCUAUAGGAUUCUGGUGCAGAACAAGCGCAUGCGCAAGGAAUCGCUGGAGCAUUCGGCCGACAUGAUCUACAAUGCGGACAUUGAGAAGCCCUGGGUGUGCCGCAACUGCAAUCGCACCUACAAAUGGAAGAACAGCCUCAAGUGUCAUCUCAAGAACGAGUGCGGAUUGCCGCCGCGUUACUUCUGCAGCAAGAUGUGCGGCUAUGCGACGAAUGUGCACAGCAAUCUGAAGCGGCAUUUGAAUACCAAGUGUCGUGAUCGUGAGAAGGACGAGGAGGAGCGUGAGCGUGAGCGUGAAAAGGACAAAGACAAGGAGAAGGAAAAGGACAAAGACAAGGACAAGGACAAAGAGAAGGAAAAGAAGCAAACUGCUGCUGCUGCGGCUGCGACUGCUGCUGGCAGCGCCAAUAACAGCAACAGCAGCAGCACCUACACACUCGUCUUUCAAAAGGAAUAAGGCACACCACACACACACACACAUACCCACACCCACAUUACACCCAUGCCUCCCCCCAGCAGACAACUGUACAAAGCAGCUGGAAACUGUUAGCCUGGCGCGUUAACUGAACUGCAACAAAAAACAAAACUGUGCUUGGUACAAAUUGAAAAUUCAAUGGCUAAAUUUUUAAUGAAUUAUUGACGCAUGUGCAAUGUUUGUUGCUCCUUGCAUUACUAGUUUAACUUUACUCUCUAAACAUAAUUAAUACAUAUGUAUUAUAUAUUUAUAUAUUAUGCUUGGUCUGAGCACAGUGGGUUAAAGUCAGCCGCGCUAGCUUUAAAAACAGUUUCUAAACCAAAGCAAAGCAAACCAUAAAAAGCAAAAUAUAAGUAAAGUUAGACGUAGUUUUAGUUGACAAUGCAAACUUUGCGGUUUUAUUGUCUUAGCAAAUUCUCAAAACAAACAAAAAAAAAUACAAAAAACUUUACAAAAAAACUUAAGUAAUGUAUAAAUUUUUUUGCCACAAAAAAUUGAAACUAGUCACAAGUAAAACUACUUAAGUGGUCUCU